CAACGCAACACCCUCUACAACUACUACGCCAAAAAAAUGUCGACGUCCUCAUCGUCUAACACGAGCAGUCAUUCGUCCCCCUCGGUCACUUCGAGUGGAGGUUCUUCGGAGACCGACGCGGAUGAUACAAAGUCCGAGGGGGCCGCAGACACCUCCUACCGCCCGCUAACCGGCGUGCAAGACCUGCAUAAUUUUCCCUCGAAUGAAGAUGUCGUUCUUGCAGGAGGUUCUUCACCCACGACCCUUCCUGGUGGUGCAAGAACUACUGCUGCUGCUGCUUCCUCUACUUCGACCCACCUAACUACAUCGCCGCUGAAGAUUCCAGUGCCGGCCGGCGCCUCGCGGGAGGAGAUGAAACACAGUAUGCAGAAACUACUCCCCCACAUCGUGCCAAGCUCUCCGCAAACGAACGCCUUGCUCUCCCCCCGGCAGCAACUGAUGACGCAUGGGCACACGCUGAAGCGCGAGGACUUCGAAUCCCUCCAGAAGGAAAUGCUCCGCCUGAAGCACGAGAACCAGCAACUCUCGCGACAGCUGCAGAAAGUGCCGGAAUUGUUGGAAGCAAAUCGCGCAAAGGUGGCGGCUGGGUUCAUUUCGCAGCCGCUUGGCGCAGGGGUCGUCACAACUGCUGGUGGCACAACAACUGCGACAUCAAGCCGUGGUCGUGCUGACCCAUCCAUGAUAGUACCAUCCGCCAUGAUCGCCGCGCCCCCGCCAAAAGUGAUCGAGAAGCGGAAAAUUUUGAUGGUGCAUCAGGAUCGUGAUAGCAGCAGCUCGAGUGCAGCGAACCAGCAAGCCGCCGUAGAAUUGGAUGAAUUACGGAAGGAGAAGGUCGAAUCCGAGAAGAAGAACAGGGAACUAGAGCUGGAAGUGCGAGAAUUGCAGGAGAAACUGCACACCAUGCAAGAGGUUUACCAGGCCGGGCUGGUCUCCCAGGAACAGGAGGCGAUGCAAAUGGCGCGGGAGCACUACCGAAACAUCGAGAAGGAGCGGGAACAAGAAAAGCGGAACAAGUUGCGACGUGGUAGUUGUUCCGCUGAUGUUCCUUCUGCUGCAGUAGAUGAAUCUUCGACCACUUCCGUAGCUGCUGCACCACCGGCCGCACAAGAUGCACAGUCUGGUCAGGAGACGUCGAAGAGAAUCGACGAAGCCAGUGGGGUCACGACGACACCCGCAAAGACGGAGGAAAGCAACGAAGCGUUGUCGUCGAGAGAUCUACUUGAGGUAGUUGUUGAUACUCCUCAAGAACCUGGUUGUGGUUCAGAAAAUCAAAGUGUUGCUGCUGACCGAAAAGCAGCAAGUGCAAACUUGCUGGGAACACCUCUUCUCGAGGUGCGAGAGGAACGACAUGACACAGAAGCAGACCUUCCGCCAGGGAGUACUAAUGCAGCUUCAGCUUCGACCUCCCCUAGUACAACUGCGGAAACGAGCUGCACCGCGGCGAGUUCGGCAACGAAUACCGCCGGGAUAGUUGCUGCUGCGUCUGGUACUGCGGCGUCAAUGCCACAGGAGCAGCAGGAAAAAGAUCACGAGCAGCUUGAGCUUCCAGCCGCGCAAGGUGUACUAGACGGGGAUCAACAUCCCGUGUCAAUGAAUCUUCAUUCAUCUUCAUCUGGUGCGGAAAAAUCGUCAUCUUCAUCUGCGGACAAAGAAACCCUCCAAAAGCCGCCGCCGGAGGAUAGCAGUACAGCAGCACCUGCUGAAGACGUCGCUCUUGUCGCCGGCGCCGCGACCGAAAAGGCCGCGACCGAGAAGGGCGCGACCUCGUCUACUUCAUCUUCCGGUGCCAAGCCAACUCCAAGUAAAUCAAGUACCGCAAUAAAACAAGACGAAACUUCUACAUUGAAUCAGGACCGCGAGAAAGAUCGUGGUACGAGUCCUUCUCCUUCCGCCUCCGAAGCCGUUCUCGAGCACAAAUUGCGGAUUCGCACGUUGGAAACUGAGCUCUUCCGCGCUAACGAGGUCCUCGAGAUGCAGACCAAGCAGUUGCGACGCCUCGCCCAGCGCGUCGCGGAGCAGGAAGGGACGACGACCGGGGGAAACAAGGGAGGUCAAUCAAGUUCAAGCUCGAGCAAAGCGAUGAAGACUAACGGGGCGAACAACAAUCCUGCAGGUGGGGAGCACGGUCGUGCAGAUCCUCCUCCUCCGCACCAGCAGAACCCAUCCAGUACUAGCCUCCACCAGUUGAAGCUGAAAGCCCUGGAGCAGCAGAAUGAGCAGCUACAGCAGCAGGUUCGCGAGCAACAGGAGCAGAUGCGGGAUAUGGAUUGCAAAAAAUAUUUUUGUUGGGAGUGGAAGUAGAGUUUGUCAUGUGGUUUUUGGAUCUGCCAGCUCUGCCAGAAUUUUUGGAUGAGUGCAGGUGCACACAUAUAGCAUGUGCAUAAGAUUAAGAUUAAGAAGUUCUGCAGAGGCUGCUUCCCCGUGCCUAGCCUGCAUAAGAAAUGCCCUCUCGUCCAAGAGGCAAGAACUACGCACCUUGUGCAGCCUUCUUCUAUGUAAAACAGGUUUCUACUCAUCUCUGUAUCUGUUCCAUAUGCGUCGCGUAGCGAUUAUAUCAGUUCACAUGAUCAAGCAAGAGGGUUGCACACUCCGACACCGGGCUGGCUGCCCGGUGUCGACCAGCUUCGGCUGGGUCUCUGUCCUUUUUCCAGAAAUACCGCAUUGUCUUGGCUCGCCUAGAUUUUGCGUUUUUUCGUCUCUUCGGUUCUCGGAGAGUGGAUAUUUGACGGAGGAGUGUCUCGAUGAGAAAGCGAGGCGUACUUGUGCGCCUCAGGCCUUCGCUCUGGUUCUGCUUCGCAGUUCCGCCUUGUCGUUUCCGGCGCUGCCGAUCCUUAGCGUGGAUCAAUGCAGUGUGCGGCAAGCAAAGAGCUCCGGUGGUCCCGUUGCCAUUGAGCUGCCCAAGCCAUGGGCAGGUCAGAACAGACGGCGUGCGCCUUGCCGUGUGCACGUAGCUCGGCCCUACCGCCGAGCGCCAGGGCAUUAUCCUGACAGGGGGUGAUGUCCCGGUGGGAAGGAAGUUGUUGUGCAGCUCUCACAGUGCGGAGAGAGAGUUCGCGUUCUUCGACUACCCUCCAGGCUAUCUCCGUUCAGUGGUACACACACGUCGAUGACGCGCUCUCGGUUCUCGCGAGCACCACUGGCCGGGGAGUGGAGAACCCGACUGCCCACGAUGUGGGUGUAGCAGAGGUUCUUCACGCCGUUAGGGGCACAGGCCCGGCGUUAUCUUGGCCUAUUGGCCAGGCCCGCUAUCGGCAAGACACAUCGGAAAACAGCGCAGCUUCGUCUGCGGCCUGCCGCUCUGUGUGUCGCGGGCGCUUCGCGAUUCUGCUUGUCGAUGCACGCCGCGAUGCGGCAGACAUGCAGUAGCAAGGCGCUCGUCUGUCGUAAAUGGAUUCGCGCGAGCGGGGGCGCCGCGGUCCAUUACGAUGGGAAGGCCUCACUGAAGGCUGUGAAAUAGCCACUGGUAUCCUACUAGGGCGAUGCCCGCAAGGUCCCUGUCACAGGGGUCCGGGGCCAGUGUAGCGGCAACCUACCGCAGCCGGCAAAAGAUCGCGCCGACGGUCAUAAGCCGGGGCUAAGUACAGACAGACACACAGGAACACGAGGCAAAAAACAAGGCACCCCCGCGCCAUGUAUUUAGCCCCUGCCAAUGGCAGGGGCCGCCCGAUGGGCCGCAUCACAUACACACUACGAUCUGACUACAAAUAGAGUCACCGAAACGAAACGCAAUGGUCUGCGUGCCCGAUGGGCACGCAGAUAUAUUAAGUACCAGGGCCAGCCCUCACACCACACCGCCCAGCACCCUGGACGCGCAACCCCACAGCCCCGCAGGCGCGGCGGUUUGUAGCAGUGGGUCGCAUGCCUGGGGCGCAGGUUAUUGCUGGUGUGUGCCUUCGCCUGCGCGUGUGACUUCGAUGACGUCGCCUGCGGGUGCUGGGGUGGGGUUGGGCGUCCGCGACGUCGUUGUUGCUGCUCUUCGGAGCUCGUGACGCCUUCGUUGCAGCUUCCACAUGGAUGCUUGCUUACAUCUUGCAGGGCAUGUUGUAGGUAGCACUUCGUGUGGAAGUAUCAGGUGUGCUGACACGGAAGGAGAGCUGAGGAGCGUGGCCUAUCGGCUUCGCGACUCCGUCCUUCGCUCCUCGGCGUCGGUCCGCCGGUGUUGAUUGCUUGAAUGCAGUCGACGCAGUCGAGGGGUUCAGCGGUUGGUGUGGGGGCGAGAGGGAGCGCUGCAUAGAUGCUCUUUUGCUUCUGUGAACAGGUUCGUUCUUCUCCUGCUUCGGGGUCUCCCAGGAGAUCCUGACUCAUCCAACGGGCCUGGGGACGCUUUUGUGGCCUUUGCGAAAUUUAAACGAAACACAGCUACGACAGAUAGCGUCUACUUACCGAGACGCGUGGUCGGUCGCGCAGUGCUUUGUGCUGCUUCCGCCACGAGAGGAGACCGCGGAACCCUCCCGGGCCUUACUUAUUUAGUCACAUUUGGGAGCACGCCCCCACUAUCCUCACCCGGUUCCCGGGUUGUGUCGCGGGGAUAUGUCCCGGCACGAUUCCACAAGCCUCGCUACUUUGCUACGCCGCCCCGUGCGCCCUGCUCUCUGUCCCCGACAGUGCGGGCUGCCCCCUUUGUUUAGUCGCAUUUGGGGAAGAUAUUCGGCGGCCCCAGUCGCGUCUCGCGGCUUGGGCCACCUCUAUGUCCGGGGCAUGGCUCUGUGGGGGUCGAGAGCCUGGCUUGCAUGGCCUGCUACCCGUAGCUCGUUGUGCCGGCCGGGUUCUCUCUUGGCUGCCAUUGUGACUGUCGCUCGAGGUCUUGCGACUAUCACUGCGACGCGCUUCUGCACGUCAUUCGCUUCCGUUGGUUGCGCGCGCGUUCACUCUAUGGGUGAAUUGCGCAGAGAAGGUGAAAUUAUAUAAUAGAAAAUCAGCAUGAGAAGUUUGCACCCUUCGCCUUCCAGACCCAGACCUAUUUACACAUGCAUAAGGGAGAACUUUGUGCUGAAAACGACAGUGGCGAGCAGCGAGAACUCGUUACGGAGCUUGAAGCAGCAGGUGUGGAAGCUGAGCAAGCAAAAGGCGGAGUUAAGCAGUACGGUGAGCCGGUGGGAGCAGGAACGAAGUAGGAUGCUGCAGGAGGACUUUCUUGCUAGGGUAAUGCGAGGAGUAGAAUCACUACAGGUACAGACACUGGCACAGCAACAGCUAAAGGCGGCACGGGCAACGGGAACGGCAAAUACAUCAGAGGAAAUGAUAACGACAGCUGGCGGAGCGCUGCACGGUGGGCUCGAAGACGAAGCAGCACAAAAAACCAUUGCGUCCUCGCCACCGCCACUUCUAUCCCAGAACAGAGGACGAGGAUCAGAGCUGUCUGGUGGCAUCGGAUUCGUCCAGUUCUCGCCGCUGGCUGAGCUGGAAGAAUUCUCGCUGCAAGCGCUGACUAGAGUGGUCGGUGACCCCCGUCCUCCGCUUUUCCAGCAAUCGGAAGGAGACAAUAGGUCUGCUGGGUUGUUGGCGCCUACAAAAACCAGCAAUAUGACCUCUGCCAAGGACAACAACAUCGCUAUCGCACACGAUGCGGGAGAUAAUCCAAACACCCCCUCGUCCGCUGCAGAAGUAGAAGCCCUUCGCGCCGCUCUGGAAGAGGCGAACGUGGCCUGCGAUCGGCAAAAGCAGCGCGACGCGAAGACCAUCGAGGACUUGAAGAGUCUCGUGGAAAGUUUGAAAACACAAGUCCGAGGGUUACAGGAAGCGAAGAACCAGCUCCAUUCUAGUGUUGUACUACAGCAGAGGGAAUCUUCAGUGGUUGCAGGAGCAAGUGUACCGCCACCACCUCCACCUACUCUGUCCGCCACCUCCCGGCGUGCAGUUUCUGUUUCGCCACAGAAAACUGUCACUGCAACCAGCAUCGCAGAUAAUCCCGCAGCUUCGUCAUCGUCGCUCACAACAAGCGCCACUGUAACAACAGCAGGCCCGCAGCUGCGACCCUCAACUGCUCCUACCUCGCCGCGCGCCUCCUCAUCUACUCCCGAUGAGGCAGCUCUAUCAACAAGCACCGACCUCGCCGUAGAUCAAGAUCUGCCGGUCGCGCCCUACUUGCAGAACUCAGAGCACCUGCUGGAAAUGCGUCGGCGAUUUCAAAAUUUUGUGUCCCAAUCCUCCGCGUCCGCAGCGACCUCGCUCGCCCACGCGUCGACGACGUUUCAAACGGCAAAUUUCACCGCGUUGAACAGAAGUUUGCAACCGUUGCUAAACCCGCCGGCGGUUGCAGUAAACAAACGCUUGGAGGCUGAGAAUUCGGAUCUGAAGAACGAAUUGCUGGAGUUACGGCAAAUUCUCGCAACGACCACUGAGGACAACUUGCGGUUAAGGGAUGACUUGAAGGUCUUUACGGAAGAAAUUCGGAGAAGAGAGGGGUUGGCAGGAAGCGGUGCACCAUCUAGGGUGUGA